AUGGGAUUAAACGGCUAUAACUCAAGUCCUGGCAAGCUGAGACUCCAAUGCCCGCAGCCCCCUCCCAUUCCCAAUUCUCUCUCUGCCAAAUGCAAAGUUAACGUUUCAGCGUGUCCAAAAGGUUGGGUCCCAUUCGGAAAAUCAUGUUACCUCGUCAUCAACAUUCGAACUCUGAAAUGGAGCGACGCUCGAAGAACGUGUCAGAAUUUAGGAGGAGAUCUCGCCGUGGUCAAAACUUCUGCGGAAAACAAGUUUAUCUAUGCGUUGAUGAAGAAGCAGAAGACAGUUACGAAUUGGGGCUUGUGGCUUGGUCUCUACCAGAAGGCCGAUGACAAGUACUACUGGAUUGACGGAACUCCAUUAGCAGGACGGUAUUCCAAAUGCUUAUCCGGCGAACCUAACCAUCCAGGGAAGGAAAGAUGCAUCAAUAUGUACGGUACAGUCGGCCACGGAAAUUGGAACGACCUAUCAUGCGAAGUGAAAACGCACUAUUUUCAGUACGCUCCAAGUACUCUUUGCCAAAAAGUUCGUUGAUUGUUACCAAAACACUGGAUGUGGACGUUAGAGCAUAUUAGCUUCAAACUUGUUAAACUACCGAGUAAGGUUUUAGAAAACAAAAGAGAAUAAAUGACCCUCAGUAUGUUGAAAAAUUUGCUUCAAAUUUCUCGUCCUUCGCCAUUCCCCAGGAUAAAAAGUUACUUUAUUCUGUCGAGGACCUCUCUGAAAAUCGCUCAGCAAGGAUGGAGGCGAGAUGGUCCUGAUUAGCAUUGAUUAGUACAUAUACCUACUAUUUCAUUAUUCACUUUAAGUUUCUGAUCUCUUAGCGGACAUAGCGGAAGAACAAUGAUUGGGUCUUGUGCCUUUCUCUUACACUGCAGUUAACGGUAUGUGGUGAAAUACUUUUUAAAGCCAAGCCGUUUCGGUUGAGAAGAAAAUUUCAAAUGAACUUUCAAUUUUAUUUCUGAUAGGAGCUACGUCUCACCCCUGAAGAGCAAUACAUUACCAAUAUUACAUUUCAGGUCGGCGAUUUUGUGUGGGAUAACGUACA